AUGGCGGAUCUCAAGUCUUCGGACUCUGCCCAAAGAGAAGUGGAUGUUGAGAAAGGAAUCAGCCCCAACGCCUCGGAUCUCGAAGGCGCAACCAUCAGACCCGAGUCUCGCCAGGAGCCAGAAGAAAACACACAAGAUGCCGACAAGGAAGCACACCACGACCCGAACGUCGUCGAUUGGGACGGACCUGACGAUCCUGAAAACCCUCAAAACUGGCCCAUGAAGCAAAAGUGGUUGAAUAUCGCUACCAUUUCGAUGUUAACCUUUGUCACACCACUUGGAUCCUCUAUGUUCGCCCCCGGUAUUCCCAAAAUCAUGGUUGAAUUUCACGAGACCUCGGCCACGGUAGCAACAUUCGUCGUCUCAGUUUACAUCCUCGGCUUUGCCUUUGGCCCCCUCAUUAUCGCUCCGAUGAGUGAGGUCUUUGGUCGCGCACGGCUUUACAUCUACGGCAACAUUCUCUUCACCAUCUUCACCGUCGGCACGGCCCUCUCGCAAAACAUGGCCAUGAUGAUGGCGUUCCGUUUCCUUAUGGGUUUGGCUGGUGCGGUGCCAGUCACCAUCGGAAGUGGCAGUAUUGCAGAUAUCAUGCCAAUUGAGCAGAGAGGUCGAGCCAUGUCCGCUUGGGCCUUAGGACCCCUUCUCGGCCCUUGUAUUGGUCCCGUCGCCGGAGGCUACUUGAUCAAGGCUGCUGGAUGGAGGUGGGUGUACUGGCUUGUGACUAUUGUGGGUGGUAUCUUCAUUCCUCUUUCUUGGUUCAUGAUGAAGGAGACCUUCGCCCCUCUCAUUCUUGAACGCAAGGUAGCCAGGCUCCGCAAGGAAACUGGCAACACGAACCUCAGAAGCAAGCUCGAUGAUGGCCAAACCACGAAGCACAAGUUCCAGCACGCCAUCGUCCGACCUAUAAAGCUCCUCUUCGUCACACCGAUCGUCACUCUCAUGGCUCUCUACGUCGCCAUCACAUAUGGUAUCCUCUACCUCCUCAUCACAACCUUCUCCUUCGUCUACAGAGAUCAAUACGGCUUCGAUGAGGGAACCAUCGGUCUCACUUUCCUUCCUGCCGGUAUCGGUAUGAUGAUUGGUGUCGGCACCUUCGGUGCGCUCACCGAUUUCAUCGUCAUCAGGAAUAAGAAGAAGGGGCUCGUUCACAGACCCGAGGCCCGUCUUACUCCGGUUUUGACCAUGCCUUGCGGUGUGGUUCUCCCAAUCGGUCUCUUCAUCUAUGGAUGGACAACUGAUAAGGGUGUUCACUUUAUCGUUCCCAUGCUUGGAGUUGUCAUUUUCGCCAUUGGACUUAUGGGUGUGAUGAUGUGCAUUCAGAACUACCUCCUCGACACAUACCCCCGAUAUGCAGCUUCUGUCACUGCCGCGCUGGCUGUUCUUCGAUCUUUAGCCGGGGCGCUCCUUCCUCUUGGAGGCUUAGAAAUGUACAACGCCCUCGGGCUCGGAUGGGGUAACAGUUUGCUAGCGUUCAUCUCGGUCGCACUCAUCCCCAUUCCUCUCGUCUUUUACAUGUUCGGCGAGCGGAUCAGAGGCAGAUUUAAGCCUAGUCUGUAA